GCAUGUAUGGGGAAUAUCUACAAAUCUGCGAGGAUGCAGCCUUUGGCAGUAGCCCUGCUUACGGCGGCGUCAGCGUUGUCGUCGGCGUCCACCGAGGAGCCCCGCGAGUGGUACAGCGGCAACGUGAGCCGCCUGCCCGACUACCGCCUCGUCAGCCUGCAGCCCGUGAACGCCGUGGGCAAGACGCUGCUCUUCGCCUGCUCGGCCGCCAGCCGGGACCCCGUGCGCUUCCGCUGGCGCGUCCAGCAGCCCGCCGGCGUCGACGUGUCACGAAGCACCCGCGCCCGCUCCCUGGAGGUGGAGAACGCCGGCCGAUUCUUCUACGUCCGCGACUCGCUCCUUCGCGUCUCCUCCCCGUCGCCGCACGACGGCACGGUGCACUGCACCGUCCUCGGCAGCGCCGAGAGCGAGUCCGAGAAGCAGGCCGAGUCCAUGAGCGCCAACUACUCGGUCCUGGCCUCGGUGGGCGUCGAGUCGUGCUCGUCGCGGCGCGACUUCUGUCCCCGGGACAGGGCGUCCUGCUCGCUCGACCAGGCGCAGGGGCUGUCGUGCCGCUGCCUCGAGGCGUUCCCGCGACGCGACCGGUUCCACGGCGUGUGCUUCGCGCCCGUCGAGCUGGGGAAGCCGUGCGUGUUCGACCACGAGUGCGAGCCCGAGAACUCCUGGUGUCUGCACCAGGCGUGCGCCUGCAGGCCGCUCACCAGGCCCGUCGCGCGCGGGUGCGAGCCCGUGGCCCGGCUGGGCGAGCCGUGCCAGCCGGGCCAGUGCGCCGCGCCGUACUCCGCGUGCAGGAACGGCCGUUGCGGCUGCCGAGACCGCAGCGACGACGUGGACGGCGUGUGCGCGCCGGCCGACGAGGUGUCCGCCGGCCGCGACACCCCGCACCAGCAGGCGCGGGCCUUUGGCCCGAUGCGCACGGACGGCCCCACGGUGCUGAUGUUGGUCGGGUUCGGCGUCGUUCUGGGCCUGAUCACGCUGUGCUACACGCUCAGGGACUUGCACUUCCGCAACCUGAGGGCGACCACGGCCGUUUCUGCCGACGGCCCGCUCUCUCAGGGGCAUGAGCCAGACGCGCCCGCUUCGUAAAGAAGCGUGGCCGAAACGACGCCGAAUAUCUUUUGUUUUCAUUUUCGUGAAUACUAGUUUUGGUGAAAGAUUGUCUGGUA